AACACUCCUGCAGUGCGCGUGAUGGGAGCGCACGACGUGAAUGAACCAAUGAGGAUUUGAAUAUAGGAGACUGGUGUGAACUCUUUCGUUGUUCCCUCUGGUGUACUCGAGCAGACCCCUCCCACAAGGUCUUUAUGUGAAAAAAUACAGGAGAAAGGAGGGGGGGAGAAAUGGUGGAGAAAAAAUGAAGUCAAUUAUACAACUGGUCGGCUCCGUAGCGCUCCCUCCUCCUCUCUCCGUCGUCGCGUACCACUACUACAGCUGCUGGCCCGGCGCCUCGCAGCUUUCAGCGGCCACACGGCAUGUCGUCCGCCGCGGGCUCCGGGGGCUCCACGGACAGACCGACAGAUGCAGGGGAAGAUAACCCAGAAGAGGAGGGCCCGAGCCACGGUGCCGCUGUGGCAUCUGCAUCUGUGGAACUGCCCCGGAAAAGGAAGGGAGAAGUGGACCUGAGAUCUGAGCCACGAGACAGCGAUGACUUCUUAAUGGAUGAGGAUCUCAGCAGAUCUGAGGGUGAAGACCAGCAGGUGAAAAUGAAAUGUUUCAGGGAGCCUCACCGACAGAUUGAGAAAAGGCGCAGAGAUAAAAUGAACAACCUAAUAGAUGAACUGUCGGCCAUGAUCCCUUCCUGUCAGCCUCAGCCACGAAAACUUGACAAACUGACUGUGCUCAGAAAGGCUGUGCAGCACCUCAAAGAACUCAGAGCCGGAUCGAGCAGCGCCUUCUCAGAGAGUACCACAAAGCCUUCCAUCCUGCCUCAUGAAGAUCUCAGACAUCUCCUGCUCAGGGCUGCAGAUGGCUUCUUGUUGGUGGUGACCUGUGAUCGAGCUAAAAUCCUCUUCAUCUCAGAAUCUGUCUCUCAAGUACUCAACUUCAGUCGGUUGGAGCUUAUGGGCCAAAGUUUGUUCGACUUCAUCCACCACAAAGACAUCCACAAAGUGAAGGAGCAGCUGGCAUCCUCCAACUCUUUCCCUCGCCAAAGCCUCGUAGAUGCUGCAACCCCCGUCCCGCCGCAGCCGCAAGCGCAUCCCCAUGCGUCUCACAUGUCCACGGGCUCACGCAGAUCCUUCUUCUGCCGUAUGAAGCACAGCCGGGUCACAGCCAAACAGGAUGACAACAGCCUCCUGCCCACCAGCUCCAAGAAGAAAGACUCGUAUAAGUACUGCACCCUGCACUGCACCGGGUACAUGGGCAGCUGGCCAAGUUCAGACCUGGACUCAGAGCCGGACUUGGAGCCCUUCCCUCUCUACUGUUUAGUGACAGUCUGUAGACUCCACCCACACAGCUCCAGUCAAACCACCAAAGACCAGGUCAACACCAAACCCACCGAGUUCAUCACACGCUACUCCAUCGAUGGAAAAUUCAUCUUCGUCGACCAACAAGCUACCACUAUCACCGGGUAUCUGCCUCAAGAAGUCCUGGGUACUUCCUGUUAUGAAUAUAUCCAUCAUGAUGAUUUGCAUCACCUCGCAGAGAAACACAGAGAGGUGCUCCGAAGCAAAGAGAAGAUUGAAACACAAUGUUACAAGUUCAAGACAAAAUAUGGCUCCUAUGUGAACCUCCAAAGUCAGUGGUUUAGUUUCACAAAUCCUUGGACCAAAGAAAUAGAGUUUAUAGUUUCUUUAAAUAGAGUUGUCACGGCAAGGAGCAAAGACUGUGCAGACAAAGAGGAGGCAGGCAGCUCUAAAGCACUUCCAGACGUGUCUAAGGAAUUACCCAUAAUUCCUGGCCUCUCACCUGGAGUAGGAACCAUGAUUUUCGCCGGCAGCAUCGGGACACAAAUAGCCAAUGAGCUCACAGACUCUUAUGGCAGAAUAAACUCUUCUCCAUCGAGUGGAGCUUCCAGUCCAUUUGGUCUAAUUCAAGAAAAACUCGUGGCUGCUUCUCCUCACACCAGCAAGAGUGGGUCAAGUCAAGAAGAGGCAGGAGGCAGCUCGGAGUCUAAAGCUACAGCAGGAACCAGCAGUGGGUCAUCAGAGAGCACUGGUGAAUCAUCGUUGGACCUGGACAACGUGGUGGUCCCAGGUCUGAGCUCCUUCAGCAGCGAUGAGGCAGCGAUGGCGGUCAUCAUGAGUCUGCUCGAGACAGACGCAAACAUGGGACAGAGCGGAGAGUUUGAGGAUUUACACUGGCCUUUUUAAAACUUCUGCUCCUCCCCCCGACCUGUGCUUUGAACUGUAGAACAACACAGGGCCACAAGAGGGAGCCAUAAAAGACAGUAGGAAAUGUGAUUAUAAUUACAAGCCUUUUUUUUCUCAUGAAAGAGACUGAAUUGUUCUCAAAAGUGUCUUCCUUGGGAAACCUUUGCCCAAACUGUCCCUAGGUGCAGACACUGUAUGAACUGUAAAAAUGUGUGACCAGAAGAGAGGAGAGGAAGUGCUUUGUGCAUCGCUGCUAAAAGGGUAUUGAACUCAAAAUGGGAAAGCUUUGAUACUACGUGAUUGUUUUUAUAAGAUGUCUAUAGGUAGUCUUUGGAAUUUUAGUGAUUCUUAAUUAAUUCCAUUUGCAAUACCAGUCACACAUAGCAACAUUUUGAAACCAGAAAUUUUAAAUACUUAAAUUACUUAUACUUAUAAAGCUAACAAUGUUCACCAAGUUACUGACAGCUUUAACAUACCCACAAACCUACCACAAAAACUUGAUUUUGGGAUUGAUUUGGAGAAAUAACUUGAAUAUUUAAGUUCAGAUGAGAAGAUUGUCACAUGUCUGAUUAAUUUUUGGCAAAUUGUGUGACUUCUGGUUUCAUUUUAAGUGUUUUUAUAUAUAUUUGCACAUACAGUAUUUCAGACAGGUUUUGUGUUCAAGUGACAUGGGAAGAACCGCAAUAACGAGUCAAGGUUACAUUCUGUACACAUCAAAAAUAUCACAAUUUGUUUUUUUCUUUUUGUCCAGUGAUUCUAAAACUCAAACACACAAUACCUCAUAAAAUAUUUGGUUUUGCAAGUAGAUUUAAGGCUACAUUCACACUUACACAGACUACAUCAAAUUUGUUACUAAAUGAAGAACUAGACCAGGAAUAUAACAGGACCAAACAAAGUCUAUAUCAGACUAAACCAGGCUCAAACCAGGACUAAACCUUAAGUGUAAAUAUACCCUAAGUUAAUCCUAAAACAUGACUGAUCCUGCUCUUACACAGGGCUAAACAAGGCUAUGGGUUACCUGGUGUACCCCAUAGUAGUUACCGGCAAAAAAGUAAUUGACAAGGACAAAACCAAACAAAUACUGGGACUCGUUUUGGCCACAGACUUUGUAAACAAACAAUGCUGGAUCAAACUCUGUUAAAGAAAAUACUGGAUUUUAUUAACAUAUAUAACUAUACCAGAGUUUGAAAGUCCCUGCGGUAGCUUUUGAAAUGUAAUUUUCACUGACCUCUUCAAACAGAAUCCAUCGAUUGGAGGGUAUUAAAAUUACAUUAAUUGAGGUCUUUUUCCCAAAUGUACUGUAUUUUUAGCUGAAUGUCUAACAUGUGGAUUGUAUUACAUCAUUGUGAACUGAUUUGACCUGUUGUUGAAUCAUAAUGUGACAUAUAUUUGCUUUGGACCUGCGUUUUUUUCUACUUUUUAUCAAACAGAUGUGGCUUUAAAGGUGGAUUAUAGGUGCCAUUUAAAACUGACACUGAAUCAGUCUGAAGACACAUUGUAUUUAUGUCUCAGUGGAUCUGCUGUGGAGGAACCAGUAUUUCUGGAAGUAAAGAAG